AGCUCUCCUAGGUUUGGGAGCUUUUUUCUCCUCAAGUUGGGAGUGCAGCAAAAACGGCGUGAAUAGGGAUUCCACGAUGGCUGAAUCCAAUGUGCGGGAUCUAACGAUAGCGAUGGGUAAACAACUAUCUUUGACAGCAGAUGAAGAUGUUGGCCUUGAUUUAGAUGAUGGAAUAGGUAAUGGUCCUGAUGGCGGAGUCUCCAAGUGGUGCAUAGUCGGAACGGUUCUGACUAGGAAGCGGUUUAACAUGGAAGCGAUGGAAUCUACAUUAGCUGGGGUAUGGAGACCAGUAAAAGGUAUGCACAUGAGAAUCCUGGAGCAUUCAAUGUAUUAGUGUUGGUAUGAUAGCAUCUAAAAUCUGAAUCAAUUAUUUAAAGAUUAGCUAGAUGUGAUUGAGGAAAGCCCUAUGUAUUAAGGAUAUAAAAGUUAAAAUUGUAU